CCUUCCAAAAUUACGACACGAAAUUAGACUAUAAGUUCUUUACUUAAAUGAUACAACUGAACAUGAUAACUGGUGUCGCAUGAGUUGGGAAGACUGAAUGCUGACUUUGAUAUGCCAUCGGUCAACGACCAAGUGCUAGUCGAAGCACCUGUUGUCGUUUACCUAUCAGUGAAGAUGGGCGAGAUCCUCAACCACAAUGGGAGCGGGAUACUGAACAUGACUUCUUUGGACGAGGACAAAUUCGGCAGUCUUGAGGAUAUUGAUGUGACCGCAGAUGGCACCCCUAUUCUUAGGAUAGUUAUUUCUGUUGUGUACUCUGUGGUGUGCGCAGUAGGCUUAGUGGGCAACCUCUUAGUAUUUUUCCUCAUGAGGUUAAGACAGGGUCGAAAGAAGUCAAGUAUUAACUUUUUCAUUAUCAACUUGGCUGUAACGGACUUUCAGUUUGUUUUGACACUACCGUUCUGGGCAGUGGACACUGCGCUUGAUUUCAGCUGGCCAUUUGGAGACGCCAUGUGCAAAAUCAUUCUAUCGGUCACCGUUAUGAACAUGUAUGCAAGUGUUUUCUUCUUGACUGCAAUGAGUGUGACUCGAUACUGUUCUGUCGCCUCUGCCCUGAAGAGCCGAGUCAGACAGAGAUCAUGUUCAGUCAAAUGGAUCUGUGCGGUAUUGUGGGUCUCGGCAACUGUCGCCACAGCGCCAACGACAAUUUUCUCUGCUGUGACUGUUGUAGCUGGAGAGAAACUCUGCCUUCUCCGGUUCCCAGAGGGCCACGACUGGCUAGCGCUCUACCACAUUCAGAAAAUUAUCAUAGCCUUCAUCAUACCCAUGCUAAUUGUUUGUAUUUGCUAUCUGAUGCUCCUACGGUUCAUCCGUUUGCGAAGCAUGAAUAACAACAAUAACCCAAAGCGGAGAUCGAGAGUGACCAAAUCCGUCACCAUCGUGGUUCUAUCCUUCUUCUUGUGCUGGAUGCCAAACCAUGCCAUCACCUUCUGGGGCGUCUUGGUCAAAUUCAACGCAGUUUAUUGGGACAAGUCUUAUUACAUGGUUCACACCUAUGUAUUCCCUGUGACUGUGUGCCUUGCGCACGCCAACAGCUGUUUGAACCCAGUACUAUAUUGUCUCAUGCGACGGGAGUUUAGAAAGAUGCUCAAGGACUUGUUUUGGAAAAUUUCGUCUCCAGCUACCUCUAAGGUCUGCGCGAUACGCACGUUCUCGGGUUCCUUUAACCCGCCGUGCGAUGGCACCCAAGGGGUUAUCGCUUUAAACGUCAUAGAUGCAGAACAAUGUCGACUUUCCAUUAUUGACAGAAAAGGCUUAUCCGCCUCCAACAUCAUCCCGCACAUCUAAAGGUGAUUCAAGCGCGAUUUCAAUGAACAUUAACGGAAAAGCACGAUGCGCAUGAACUGGGACCUGUAUUUGUGCCACACGUUGAACGUUCUAAACCACAUCAUAAAUUGCCAAUAGGUUAUUCGCAAGCAAUUCAGUUGAGCAAAGUGAAUGUUGAUGUCAAAUACUUUUAAAUUAAAAGUGCAUUAAAUGCACAUAUUUUGUGGCAUGUGUAUUGUCAGAGCCGCGUAAUCUGGAUCUAAUGAUUUCUGGUUACCUUUACACGUCUAAGUAAACUAGGCUACCUAAUGGGUUGAAUUAUUCUCCAGCGCAAAAAAACUUUUAAUGUUAAAGGUACAUCAAGUCUCUUGCAAAAUGUUAACGAUAAUAACCCGUUUGGUCAAUAUCACUGACCCAUAAUUUUAUGGAAGCUUAGGUUUUAGGUGUUAAUUUUGUGGUAUAGGCUAUUGUUUGAAACAUAGU